AUGGCUGUUCCCACCGCAACGUCGUUGCGCGACAUCUAUGACGAGGACGCGUUACCUAUAGAGACGAAGCGAUGGGACAGCUUGCUGGCAAGGUUCCAAGACCUGUAUGGCAAGCAGGCGGAGUUUGUGGCUCGCAGCCCGGGUCGAGUCAAUAUCAUUGGCGAGCACAUUGACUACUCACUGUACGAGGUACUACCCAUGGCCAUUACGGCCGACUUCAUCAUGGCGGUAGCUGUGCGGCCUACAGAAGAGAAGCCCAGGAUACGGAUAGCCAACCUUAACUCGGAUAAAUUUCCUGCCCGCGAAUUUGAGAUUCCAGAAGGCGAAAUUCCCAUCGACGCCUCGGAGCACGAGUGGACUAAUUACUUCAAAUCAGGCCUGAAGGGCGUUUCGCAGCUACUCCAGAAGAAGCGGGGUGGUAAAUUCACAUCUGUCGGUAUGGACAUUGUAUGCGACGGUACCGUCCCAAGUGGGGGUGGUUUAUCCAGCUCUGCAUCCGUUGUCUGUACCAGCGCUUUGGCCGUGUUGGCGGCCAAUGGCGAGGAGAAUGUCGACAAGAAAGAGCUUUGCGAACUUGCCAUUGUUUCUGAGCGUUCGGUCGGUGUAAAUUCUGGAGGUAUGGACCAAGCGGCCUCCGUUUUCUCCCUCCGUGGCUCCGCCCUGUACGUCUCUUUCAAGCCCAGCCUCGACUUCACAAACAUCGACUUUCCUCAGACGGAUCCCGAACUCGCUUUCGUUACUGCCCAGAGUUUCGUCGCCGCGGACAAACAUGUGACCGCACCAGUCUGUUAUAACCUGCGUGUGGUAGAAUGCACCCUGGCCGCCGUGUUCCUUGCCAAAGCCUUUGGUCUCAAGAAGAACCUACCCGCGGAUUCUUCGCCCCUAGGUGUCAGUCUUCGAGGCUUCCACGACACCUACUUUGAAGAGAAGGAGGGUGUAGCAGACAAUACCAAGGUAUCCGUCGCAGACUUUGAGACACAACUCCACAAGCUCGUCCAACAUACGGAAAAUUACCUCCCACAGGAAGAAGGUUACACGCGAGAACAGAUCAGCGGGCUUCUCGGCAUUUCCGUCGACGAACUAAACGAGCGUUACAUGUCAAAGUUCCCUGUCCGCGCUGACAGGUUCAUGUUGCGCCAACGUGCCCUCCACGUGUUCACGGAAGCCCUCCGCGUUCUCAAAUUCCGUGCCUUACUCUCAUCGCCGCCAUCUAGCGGUAAAGAGCUCCUUACUUCCCUCGGCGAACUCAUGAACUCGACACAAGAUUCGUGCCGCGACAUUUACGACUGCAGUUGCCCCGAGCUUGACGAGUUAUGCGAGUUAGCGCGCGCUGCAGGUUCCUGUGGGAGUCGACUCACUGGCGCUGGGUGGGGAGGAUGUAGUGUGCAUCUUGUACCAAAGGACAAGGUGGAUGCGGUCAAGAAGGCAUGGGAGGAGAAGUACUACAAGAAGAAAUUCCCUGGCAUCACCGCGGAGAAGCUCGCUCAGGCUGUGGUGGUGAGUAAGCCUGGAGGUGGAAGUGUGUUGUUCAGACUUGGAGGGCAGAGGCUUGUGUAA